AUGCUCGGCCGCCAGGUCACCAACACGCUGCUGCGUGGCCCCACGCGUCGUCUCGCCCUCCGCCCGGCUACAUUCCAAGAUCUCGCCUCACGUGCGACCGUCUUCUCGUCAUUACGCUCCUAUGCCACUCCCGGACGACCGAGAACAGCAGUCGGCGAGCCAUCGCGGCCCGUGAAGCGCGCGGUCAAACGCGACGCCAGAUCAGCUGAUGGCGGUGAAGCCAAGAAACGGGUGCAGGCCCGCAAGGCCUCCGCAAAAGCGAAGAAGAAGGCUGCACCUAAGAAGCCGGUCAAGAAGGUGUUGACGCCGGAGCAGCAAGCGAAGAAGGAAGCCAAGGCCGCCAGCACGAAGAUCAAGGAGCUGAAGAAGACCGCGUUGAAGCCGCCCACCACCGGCCAGCGGGUCACGGCGUACAAUGUCUUCAUCGGGGAGCAUACGAGAGGGCGAAAGGUCGGCGCCGGGCAAUCUGCGCCAGAGGCAUUGAAGGAAGCGAAUGGCGAGUGGAAGACCUUGUCGCCCGCGGAUAUUGAACAUUACAAUCAUCUCGCCCAACAACAGAAGCAAACACAACAAGCCGAGUACAAACGCUGGGUGGAGUCGCACCCCCCGGACGUGAUUCAAGCCGCCAAUCGCGCGCGAAACUAUCUCAAACGCACCCAACCCGCCGCAAAGGGCACCAAGACCCGCUAUCCCCUCAUCCACGACGAGCGCGCCGUCAAGCAGCCGUUGAGGGCGUACAUUCAAUUCUCCAUCAAUCGAAACGCCAGCGGCGACUUCCGGAAUAUCACAGUGGCCGAGCGGGCGAAGCUGAUAUCGCAGGAAUGGAAGACGCUGAAUGAGAGUGAGAAGCAGAAGUACAAAGAUCUCGAGUCCCAAGACCGCAGCCGAUACUCAACCGAGUACAAGGAUGUCUUCGGACAUGUCCCGCCGGCCCAACAGGCCGCAGCGGCCGCGGCGUAA